AUGGGCAGCCCUCUCUCAAAGCCAGCUUGCUCACUAGAGACUGAAGUCUCCGAGCUAGCUCUUGCAACCGACUUCCUUGAUGAGGGCGACUCUGUUCUGAUCUUGCGGCAAGGUUGUGGCGCUGUAGCUCCCGGCAAGAACAUCACUUCGCCGAAUACCGACACCAAACUCAACGGGUGUUUUACAGUGCCUACUGAAAAGAGUGACCUCUUGGUUGCUGUUCGGAUCUCUACUUACCACUGCGGAAUCAAGACUGGUGUGGUACGCUGCUUCGAUGUCAACAUGACGACCACGAUCGAGGAGGUUUUAAAGAAAUUCUGCAAGAUCAACGACAAACCUGAAGAUUAUUACACGAUUUUUGCCCAUGGAUAUCCAAUCGAUGGCGCCCAAACCUUGGCUAUGCAGACAGAAGUCGCAGACGUGCCUAUGAUCAACUUGAGGGCGGUCGUAACUGAACAUCUCCAUAAGGACGCACCCGUUCUUCCGACGAUUUCUUCUGAGCAGAGACACUCGUUGCAGAUUCGAGUUACGCAAACACUCAUGAACCGGUACUUCCAGGAAAAGACGAACAUGGAAAUUCACGAGCUGAACAGACAGCGCGGAUCGGACGCCGACUCAGAUGGCUUCCAUACUGUUUGGAUCACAGUACACGAUACACAGGCAAAUGGAAAGUGCACUUAUAGCCAUGUAUUCUUCAGGAUCAACAAGGACGUCAAGCUCUGGGUAUUGGCUCGAUCCCUAUGCCAUGCUGUGAAGAAGCCAGCCGGACACUAUGUCAUUUUCUAUGACGCCUUUUUGAUCCGGUCGACUGAAACACUGACAACGUUCCCACUCGCAUGGAACAAGAAGAAUCGCAUCGGGAUUCAUGCGUUCCCUCGGCAGGUUGUGAAGCUGAUGGUGGACAAUCUGGUAGAUGACCAGAUUACGCGCAACAACUUUUGGUCACAACAAGGUAUUUUGGAGCAUUUGCGCGCCAAUCGCAGAGAAGACUAGAUUCCCGUGUGCUCAGAUUCUUCUCGAGAUGUGUGCCUAGGCCGGGUUACACUUACAAGUAAUCAUUUCUUUAUCUCAAGCGGAACGUGCAAACCAUUCAAGCGGUAUAUCUGAGGAUAUAGAAGACAAGAUAACACCGCCAUAUCAGCAAUGUUGAGGUUCUGAAGUUUGGUGGGUGAGAUAGACGGAUUGGCUGAAUCUGUCAAUGGUGGUCGAGGUGGCACAAGGGCUUGACGCUAGAUGGUCGCACCCAAACUUCCCUCUUUUGGCUGUAAUAUGGUCUCUCUAAAU